AUGAGUCGGGGUCAAGAGCUUGUCCUUCUCACUGGCGCAACCGGACAUGUGGGCUAUGCUGUGCUUGUCAAGACUCUACAAGCAGGGUACAAUGUUCGCGCAACACUACGUGACAUGAGCCGAGCAGACGCUAUCCUCUCUUCUGGUCCUGUCCAAGAAGCCCUCAGCGCCCAGGACCUUGACCUCUCAUUUGUCCGCGUCCCCAACUUCACGGCACCAGAUGCCUUUGGUCUUGUUCUCUCAAAUGUGACCCACGUGGUUCAUGUUGCGAGUGCUCUUCGUCGAGGUACAAGCACGGACUUGAAAGAGGCAAUAAUUGACGUGGCUGUCCAGGGGACGAGAAAUAUCCUGCGAGCAGCCCAUAAUUGUCCUUCUGUACGAAGAGUCGUCAUUACAUCUUCAGUCUCAGCUAUCGUGGACCAGCACCCCGUGGUAUCGCAAUCACCUGCUGGUCGCUGUGUCACGCCCCUGGAUCGCCAUGCUGACUAUGAUGCUGAGUAUUACAAGGGCGACUCACUCAAGGCUUAUACUGCAGCCAAGACUGCAGCUCUCAAUGCUACAGAUGCUUUUCUGGCCACAGCUGAUGGUGGCCCAACGACCUUACCACUACAUUUCGACGUUAUCAACAUUAUGCCAUCUUUCGUGUUCGGGCCCAAGGGACUAGCAGCAACACCAUCCGAUGUGACGAAUGGCAGUAACAUCUUCGGUAUUGGUCUCGUCAUGCGCCAUAAACCAUGGGAUGGUAUCAGGCUCGAGGCAGUUUGCUGCCAUGUUGACGAUGUUGCACAAGUCCAUGUCAACGCCCUGAACGAUCAUGAAUUGCUACCACUGAAAGUCGGAGCGCAUCGGGAUUUCAUACUAGGCGUCAAGUUUAAGCCAGAGGAGAUCGGAGAGAUUGUCAGGAGGAGAUUUCCUCGAGAGUGGUGGGAAAGUGAAUCGGCGACUUUUGGAGCAAGGGGCACGUAUGAUUGGUACCAUACUGAUUAUGAUGUCGGCUCAGCAGAAAGACUACUCGGGAGGCCUUUUAAGUGCUUGGAGGAGCAAAUCUACGACAGCGGAAGCCAGGUCAUGGAAAUGUUGAAGGGUAUGACCACAAGAAGCUAUAACUAGCAUGUGUGUCUUUAUCACCAAGAUAUACGGGACAAGACUUUGAUCUGUACAUAAAGUACCUUGGCUCGUCUGCCAAUAGAGG